UUGUGAAGUGGCUGGCUCAGUUGAAUAAAAAAGAAUGCUUGGUACCGCUGCAUCGCGGAGCCGCCUUAGGGCUCCUGGGCUACUCCUCCAAUGCAAGAUUCUGUAUCCAACUGCUAGUGCUGCCACUCUCCUACGCUCCUACCGUCCUCCUCCUAUUCCUCUUCUUCGUAAUUCAACUAUCGCCUUCGAUGCCGCUGCUGGUGGUGGCCCACGUCCACUCGACAGCAACGCCAACUGGAAUAUCAAAAGACGAACUCAUCCCAAUCUCCUCAAGGCCUUCCUUUCCGAUUCACCUUCUUAUUCUUCUUCGCCCAGCAGAGCAGCCAGACCUUACCCUCAACAUCCUAGUUCCAUGCUGAAUGGGCGCCUUUUGUUCUCAACCUCAACCUCCAAAACUGACACCACCGAUUCGAAUAAGCUUGAAAAAGCCAAGGGAUCUCCUCAGAACGAAGUUGCCGACACGAAAAUCUUCCGUACUCUUGCCAGUUACUUAUGGAUGAAAGAUAACCCCGAAUUCCGUCUCAGGGUCCUCACUGCCUUGGCUUUUCUCGUCGGUGCUAAGGUUUUGAACGUUCAGGUGCCCUUCCUCUUCAAACUCGCCAUUGAUUGGCUAACAACCGCUACUGGCAAUGCUACUGCUCUCGCUUCCUUUACUACCGCUAAUUCAACUGCUUUAGUUCUUUUUGCCACCCCAGCUGCCGUUUUGAUUGGAUACGGGAUUGCACGCACGGGUGCUUCUGCUUUCAACGAACUGCGGACUGCCGUGUUUUCUAAGGUUGCUUUGCGAACAAUUCGAUCAGUAUCUCGGAGAGUGUUUUCACAUUUGCAUGAUCUUGACCUUCAAUAUCAUCUUAGUCGAGAAACAGGUGCAUUGAAUAGAAUCAUUGAUCGUGGUAGCCGCGCAAUAAAUUUCAUUCUCUCGUCUAUGGUGUUCAAUAUUGUACCCACCAUCUUAGAGAUAUCUAUGGUAUCAGGUAUACUGGCAUACAAGUUUGGAGCACCCUUUGCAUGGAUUACUUCACUAUCAGUCGCUGCAUAUAUUAUUUUUACAUUAACGGUGACACAGUGGAGGACUAAGUUUAGAAAGGCCAUGAAUAAAGCUGAUAAUGAUGCAAGUUCAAGGGCAAUUGACUCACUUAUUAAUUAUGAGACCGUGAAAUAUUUUAACAAUGAAGGCUUUGAAGUUGAGAAAUAUGAUGAGUACUUAAAAAGGUAUGAGGAUGCUGCUUUAAAAACACAGCGUAGUCUUGCAUAUUUGAACUUCGGCCAAAAUGUAAUAUUUAGCACAGCUCUGUCAAUAGCUAUGGUGUUAUGUUCACAUGGAAUAAUGAAUGGGGAGAUGACAGUUGGUGAUUUGGUCAUGGUGAAUGGGCUUCUCUUCCAAUUAUCUCUUCCACUGAAUUUUCUUGGCAGUGUCUAUCGUGAGACCAUACAGAGUCUUGUUGACAUGAAGUCCAUGUUUCAGUUACUGGAGGAGAGGCCUGAAAUUAGAGAUAAAGAUGACGCAAAGCCUCUUAAGUUGGAUGGAGGGAGAAUUCAGUUUGACAAUGUACACUUUAGCUACCUAACAGAAAGAAAGAUUCUUGAUGGGAUAUCUUUUGUUGUACCAGCUGGGAAAAGUGUGGCUAUUGUUGGAACCAGUGGCAGUGGCAAAUCAACCAUUCUUAGAUUGCUCUUCAGGUUUUUCGACGCCCAUUCUGGAAGUAUAAGGAUAGAUGGUCAAGAUAUUUGUGAGGUGACACUUGAGAGUCUACGGAAAUCUAUUGGUGUUGUGCCACAAGAUACGGUGCUUUUCAAUGAUACAAUAUUCCAUAACAUUCACUAUGGUCGUCUUUCGGCAAUGAAAGAAGAGGUGUAUGAUGCCGCUCGACGUGCAGCUAUUCAUGACACUAUCAUGAAAUUCCCUGAGAAAUAUUCUACUGUUGUGGGGGAACGAGGGCUGAAGUUAAGUGGUGGUGAGAAGCAGCGUGUGGCACUAGCUCGUGCAUUUCUGAAAUCCCCUGCAAUUAUGUUAUGUGAUGAAGCUACAAGUGCAUUGGACAGCACAACAGAAGCGGAGAUUUUAACUGCAUUGAAGUCCCUAUCAAAUAAUCGAACUUCAGUCUUCAUCGCUCAUAGGCUUACCACUGCAAUGCAAUGUGAUGAGAUCAUAGUUCUGGAAAAUGGGAAGGUCAUUGAACAGGGACCCCAUGAAGUUCUAGUGUCAAAGGCAGGAAGAUAUGCACAGCUGUGGGGACAGCAAAAUAACACUGUGGAUGCACUUGAUACAGCCAUCAAAUUUGAGGCAUGAUUGCCCCUCUUCAGUUUUCUCAGGGUGAACAAAAUGACGCGUAAAAUGAAAUGGAAUUUGUUUAGUUUCCUCUUUUGUCAAUCUUACCCUUUGACUUCAUUAUUCAUAAACAAUGUUCAAGUUGAUAUACAGUACAGAAAAUGCCUAUUCUUUUGCCUCAAAGAGAGGAAGAAAUUAACAUAUCUUAUGACAAUAGAUAUCUGAGCAGGAAAGAUUGGCACAC